GUUUUCUUACCAAAAUAAGGAUACUAGAAACUAGUAGGAGCCAUUUGAACUGUGGUCUCAAUAUGACUCAGUGUAACAUAAUUAAUGCUAAAUAUACACCUUUCCAGUUUGGUCAUUUCAGUCUGAUUUAUCAUCAAACAAAGCUGUUCAAAUUACAGGUUGCGUAUCAAAGCUCUACUACUACUAACUACCACUACUAUGACUUCUACUAGUGCUACUACAUUACAAAGUGAGCAUUCUGACAGACUUCACCAAGAACACAAUGUGCUAAAGAAAGUGAAAAACAUGUAGACAGUGUUGAUUGAAAUGAUUCAGAUGCCCCAUGACCAGGGUUGCCAGAAGUGCAAGAGUUCACCUGCCACCAGGUGUGGGACAGUGGUUGACCGUGUCUCUCUCUCUCUCUCUCUCUCUCUCUCUCACACACACACGCACACACACACACACACACAAAUUUUUGUUCUUACUGCUUACAUUUAGUGUUAUUACUGUCACUGUAAAUAUUGUUUUCAUUAUUGUUUAUUGUUACAUUGUUGUUACUUAAAUUUGUAUAUGUAUGUCUGUAACUUUUUUCAUAUAUUGUACAUUUUCUAUUGUUUAUUAUUUUAUUAUCUUUUUGUCAUGCCAAUAAAGCUAAGUUUGUUACUCUCUGGCAAUAGUUUUCACACUACACUGAACCUCCGGUCGGCAAGGGGUUAACAAAGUGUUACUAAAACUCUAAAUCCCCUCCCUCCAACAACUCCCCCUGGAAUAUUCAACCCCACUGGUGCACAUGAUGCGUAUGUAUGUGUGCAUGUGUGUGAUUUCUCCUGGCUUUAUAAAGGAGCAUGCUUAGUUAGAGAUCAGUGAUCUGACUUUAAAUCUCUCUCUCUCUUUGGUCUAUUUUGCUCAGAGAUCCUGAGACAUAUAAAAACUGUAUUUUUGCCCCACUUGCUGCAUUUGGAAGUUUCCAUAAGGUUUAUUUCAGAGCUCUGAAGAGAAAGCCUGCAAACAUGGAAUCGCAUGACUUCAUGGAUGAUGGAUCCUUCAUGUUUACAUCAGAGUCAGUGGGAGAAGGGCAUCCAGACAAGAUCUGUGACCAGAUCAGUGAUGCUGUCCUUGAUGCACAUUUGAAGCAGGACCCUGAUGCUAAGGUGGCUUGUGAAACUGUCUGUAAGACUGGUAUGGUGCUUCUGUGUGGUGAGAUUACAUCCAAGGCCAAUGUAGACUACCAGAAAGUUGUGAGGGACACCAUUAAACACAUCGGUUAUGAUAAUUCUGAUAAAGGUUUUGACUAUAAGACUUGCAAUGUACUGGUGGCUUUGGAGCAACAGUCUCCUGACAUUGCACAGGGUGUCCACGUUGAUCGCCAUGAAGAGGACAUUGGAGCUGGAGACCAGGGUCUUAUGUUUGGUUAUGCCACCGAUGAGACAGAGGAGUGUAUGCCUUUAACCAUUGUCCUUGCCCACAAACUGAAUGCCAAGAUGGCUGAACUGCGACGUGAUGGUACCAUUCCUUGGUUACGGCCAGAUUCCAAAACACAGGUGACUGUACACUACAAGCAGGAGAAAGGAGCUGUGAUUCCUUUGCGUGUUCACACUGUGGUGAUUUCAGUUCAGCAUGAUGAUCUUAUCUCAUUGGAAGAGCAAAAGAACAUUCUGAAAGAGAAGGUCAUCAAGGCUGUGGUGCCAGCCAAGUACAUUGACGAUAAAACAGUAUACCAUCUACAGCCCAGUGGCCGAUUUGUCAUUGGAGGACCUCAGGGAGAUGCUGGAGUCACUGGAAGGAAGAUUAUAGUGGAUACCUACGGAGGAUGGGGUGCUCAUGGUGGAGGAGCCUUCUCUGGAAAGGACUACACCAAAGUGGAUCGUUCUGCAGCUUAUGCUGCCCGCUGGGUAGCUAAGUCUCUGGUCAAGGCCAAACUUUGCAAAAGAGUGCUAGUACAGGUUUCGUAUGCUAUUGGAGUGGCGCACCCCCUAUCUAUCUCCCUCUUUACCUACAGCUCAUCUGACAUGACAGAGAAGGAACUGCUUCAGAUUGUCAACAAGAACUUUGACCUAAGGCCAGGUGUCAUUGUUAGAGACCUGAAUCUGAAGAGGCCGAUCUACCAGAGCACUGCCUGCUAUGGCCACUUUGGCCGACCUAACUUCUCCUGGGAGGUGCCGAAGGUGCUGAGAUAUUAAUCUGAGCAAACCAGAAAAGGUGCUUUCAUAAGACAACAAAAAAAAAAAAAAAUAGAAAGUCAGAUAAAGCUUAUUAAUUCCCCCUUUCCCUCGUCAUCUUUAACAGCUGGGUGCAUUUGUGUUUCUCUAAAGUGAAAGUAAAACAUAUUAUUUAGAAUGAAUGGAAACUAAUGCUUUGUAGAAGUCUGUUAUUAAGAGUGUACUCUAUACACAGAAUAUUUUAAAGGUCUGCUGUAAAUGUACUGUUUUUGUUCAAAUGUCUAAUCCUGAAAUAAUGCUGGAAUGAAUGUUUAAAAAUUAUUUUAUUUUCAUUGUUGUUAGCCAGAUAUACCAAAGCAUAGCUACCCCUGUGCUUGCAUUUACUAUAUGGAAGGUGUGUUUGUUUGUAUGACCAGCUCUAAUUUAGAGCCUUUGAUAACUCAGCUGCCUAAUUUGUCUUAAGUCUUAGCAAUAUGUACAGCAGAGGCUUCACUCAGGUAUCAUGAACUAACUCACCAUGUCAGACCUGCUAGAGUUACAGGCAUACAAUGUAGAGCUUUUCAUCAUAAUCUGUUACAAAUAGUCCAGCAGAGUUAAUAUAUUUUCUCUUGGUUGUCAGCAUCUUAUAACAGUUAAUUUAUACAUAGCCAGCUGUAGUUCUGUUGUCUUGUGAUGUCAUCACCACCACACAAUCAAUCUACUUCUCAUUAAUAAGAGCUAUGCACAUCAUUUAUUAUGCUUGAUAGCAUUAACAAGCAUUACACUACUUUGUCCAUACAGUGUAAUUCUAUUUUAUGAUACUUCUGAUUGUCCUUCUGUCCUAUAGGUUGUAAGUUAUGUCUUGCUAAAAUGUAUUUAUGUACAUGAAUAAACUAGUGGACCACUGAGAGCUUUACAUUGCAGCUGGCAUAUAGAGAAAAUAAUAAAUCAUGUUGCCUUAAUUGAAUAGUUUGAAGUUUAAAAUGAGCUUUUUAUACCAUGGCAUGGCUGUGGCAUUAAAAUAGUCUUAACAGCAGUGUCAGUGUUGUACACUGCACCUAGUGGUAAAAUUAUGCCUGCCUGUUUAAAUGUACAGAUCCACUGUGGGACAAAAUUAUGGGUAUGUGCGUUUGUGUGUAUCAGCUAAAACCCCAGUCAUGCUAAAAGGUGCUAGUGUUGUGUGUUCAGCAUUCAGUCUUUUCUGUCUUUAUCAGACAAGCUCUGUGCAAAUGUGACCUCUGUCUUAAAGAUUUGUAAUUUCAUGUGUAAAUAAUUUUAAAUAAUUAUUAAUAAACAGUUCAAGAAAAA